GAACUGCGUGGGGCCAGCGAGGGGGGGGAGGGGGCGGGGGCCGGCCAACCAGCCAGGGACUUUUUUCCCAGUCCCAAACUCCGGGGACACCAUUUCGUGGCGACUCCCUUUCCCACCCCCCACCCCCUUUUCCUCUCUUUCCUCCUUCUCUCCAUCCCACCCCCCCCCCUUUUUUCACCUUUUGGGGGGGAAAAGGCUGAAGAUUUGAUUUUUGGGUGGUUUUUUUUCUUUUCCCCAAAUACCCCCUCGCUCAUUCAUUUCCCAUUCGGGGAGGGGGAAUUUCUCUUUUUCGGGUUUUUUUUUUUUUUUUUCCAAAAGGGGGAGGGGGGAGGAGGAGGGCGGAGGAAGAGGAAAUGGAGAUGAAGAAGAGGAUUAACCUGGAGUUGAGAAACAGAGCCCCCGAGGAGGUCGAUCGGCGUGGGAUUUUUCCACCCCACCCGGGGAUCCGGGGGAGGGGUCGGCCCAGUGACGUCUGCCGGGAUCACGCCAACGGUCGUAGCCGCCCAGCGCUUCCCCGGGUGACGGAGCUGGUCCUGGACAACUGCCACUCCGUCAACGGGGAGAUCGAGGGGCUGAGCGACACCUUCAAGGAGCUGGAGUUCCUCAGCCUGGCCAACGUGGAGCUCACCUCCCUGGCCCGGCUCCCCAGCCUCAGCAAACUGCGCAAGCUGGAGCUCAGCGACAACAUCAUUUCCGGGGGGCUGGAAGUCCUGGCGGAGAAGUGUCCCAACCUGACGUACCUCAACCUGAGCGGUAACAAGAUCAAGGACCUCAGCACCGUGGAAGCCCUGCAAAAUCUGAAAAGCCUGAAGAGCCUGGACUUGUUCAACUGCGAGAUCACGAACCUGGAGGAUUACCGGGAGAGCGUCUUCGAGCUGCUCCAGCAGAUCACCUACCUCGACGGCUUCGACCAGGAGGACAACGAGGCCCCCGACUCCGAGGAGGAGGACGACGACGACGGGGAAGAGGACGACGAGGAGGAUGAGGAGGACGAGGCCGGGCCCCCCGGGGGCUACGAGGAGGACGACGACGACGACGAGGACGACGAGGAGGACGACGAGGACGAGGACGAGGACGAGGCGGGCUCGGACCCCGGGGAAGGCGAAGAGGAGGAAGUGGGCCUGUCCUACCUGAUGAAAGAAGAGAUUCAGGACGAAGAAGACGACGACGAUUACGUUGAAGAAGGAGGAGAGGAGGAGGAGGAGGAAGAAGAGGAGGGCACCCGGGGGGAGAAGCGAAAACGGGACGCCGCCGACGAGGGCGAGGAGGAGGACGACUGACCCAGGCCGGGAAGACGCCCCCUCCCCCCCGCCCCCCCGCC